AUGGGUCUGGAAAAGACAGUUACACAGAGAAAGUGGGCAGCACCAGAGCCUAUGACUGCCCAAACUAAAAUAACCCCUACGGCUGAUUCUGAGGGGGAGGGGAGGCACUUAUGCCCACAACCUGAGGAGGACCAGAGUAGAACCACAUGUGGUUCAACAGAAAGGUCUGACUCAGGGAAACUAAGACCAUUAGAAGGGAAAUCACUACGCCAAUUACAGGAUCAACCCUCCAGUCAUCCUCAUUACAAUGUAUUAACCUCGUAUCCACCACAGGAGAGACAGACCGUUCCCUUUGCUAGACAGAAAACGGCAGAUCACUUGGUUUCUGCGCUGCCACUAUCCCAUGGAAGCUGUGCAGGGCCCUCUCUUCAGAGGAGCUCCCCCAGUUUACCUACGUCUCUCCAACACUGUUCCCAGUCAGGGAUAGAGGAGCUAUCCAAGGACGUGUGUAGUAAGAUGGAGCAGAAACAGCAGCAGAGGCCUGGGAAGUAUGUUUGUGAUUAUUGUGGGAGGGCAUGUGCCAAACCCAGCGUACUUAAAAAGCAUAUCCGCUCACAUACUGGGGAGCGACCCUACCCCUGCGUUCCCUGCGGCUUCUCUUUCAAAACCAAGAGCAAUUUAUACAAACACAGAAAAUCUCAUGCUCACUCUGUCAAAGCUGGGACAGUGCCAAUUUCAGAACUGGGUUCUUACAAUGCCAACAUGGAGGACCAGGGAUCUUUAGAAGGAGAAGGAGAGUUAUACUCUGAUACUGAGCAGAGCUCUGACACGGAUGAGGACGAUUCAUCGCUCUUGGACUCUGUAUCAGUCGAGGAACCAGAUAGCACCACUGCUGUAAAAGUACUGAAUCUCAUUGCCCAGAAACAGGGAGUUACAUCAACAUUAUCUGAGGAGCGUUCAUCCAGUCUCCCAGAGAUCAAUGGUGCUCAAGCUCCAGCUGUUUCUCAGGUCAGCCGUGCAAUUCAAUCUAGCGCCAUCAAGCAGAGACUGGCACUCCGGCUCUCAGAGAAAAGGAGCAGUGACACUGACACAUCUCUCUCCCUGCCUAGCCAGGGAAGCAAAAGCAGCACAGACUCAGGCUACUUCUCACGCUCUGAGAGCGCAGAACACCAAACCAGUGGUCCUCCCAACACAAAUGCAAAGUCCUAUCAAGAGAUUAUGUUUGGGAAGUGUUACAAACCGAACCCGAAACAGGCCAUAACUGUUGUGACUUGCACUACAGACUUAAUAAGUGAUCGUAAGUCUUCGGAGCGAGGUGUUUCCCGUGUAUUCACACAAGAAAAGGAAUCAAUGAUUGAAUCGAUUAGAAUAAACACACGUUCAUUUACAAGGGAAGGAAUUAAGGAGGCUCAACUAGAGCUCUCUGAUUCUGGACAGCUGGUGCGGAGCAACUCGAUGCCCACGUCCUCGGCUGCGUGUCUGGACAUGCCACAAGGCCUGCGAGGCAGCCACUCCUUUGAUGAGAGGGCGUCCCCUGGAGGUAUUAGGAGACUUAGGAGACAGGCUGCCUUUGAACACUCUGCACAUGAUGGAAACACAGAACUUCCUGACCACUAUGGAAACAUCUCUGAUAUUUCCAACCUUGGAGUAGAGACGGAAUGUGCGACGAGGAAACGACGGAAGGAAAAAUGUGUUAGGGAGGAGGAAGAUGUAGGAGGCCAGUAUCACACAGACUAUGGCCACUCUGAAGAGAUGAGGGACAAUGAUUCAAAGCAAGCCUCUCAAGGUGCUCUAACCACUACUCCUUCAGUGAAAGGACAUGCCCAAAGCGUGCAUACACAGAAUAGACUGGACAUGGAAAUGUGGGAAGACACCACAGAGAGGAGAACUUUAGGUAAUGUCAUCUCUGUGAUUCAACACACAAACUCCCUAAGCAGGUCUCACUCUGACGAGUCUUACAACUACCAGAGACAGGAAAAGCCUUCCUCAAUGAAAGUGGUGGAGCAAACCGAAACUUGUGAGAUGCGUAAAAGGACUGAGAUCUUUGCACACCAGUUGAGUGACAGUAGAUUGUUAGAUCAAUCAUAUCAAAUGACACCUAAGCUAGUCCGUCAGUCCAACAUACAGGUCCCAGAGAUCAGGGUGACUGUAGAACCUGACAGUCCAGAGAAAGAGAAAGCAGCUGAGGUAAAACAGGUGAAGGCGAAGGAGCCUGAUAGACAUGUAGAGGAGUUCCAAUGGCCUCAAAGAAGUGAAACUCUGUCUCAAUUCCCUCCAGAAAAACUCCCUCCAAAGAAGAAGAGACUGCGCUUAGCUGACUUGGAGCACUCCUCUGGUGAGUCUAGCUUUGGAUCGACCUGUACGAGCCUCUCCCGAAGCCCCAGUCAGGACAGCAACCUAUCCUACUGCUCCACCUUCUCGUUUGACCGAGAAGAGAGAGAGCGAGAGCUUAUCCCCAAGCCAGCUUCCCCGGCUGCUAGACAGGAUGAGUUUGGAAAAGCGUUGGAGUUCUUAUCUGUGCCAGGAAGCGGCCACUCCCUCUCUGUCCUGAACCAGCGUCAACAACAUGAAAUGAGACGCUCCUCUUCAGAACAGGCAGCGUGCAACUCUCAGCGUAGAGAGCUCCCAGAGGUCCGCAGUGUAUCGUUUGACUACGGCAGUCUCUCUCCAAUGGCCAAAGUUAGACAUGCGGAACUCGGCGCCAGUUACUCAGAACCCAGACGGAGUAACUUGGUAAGACAGGCGUCCUUGAAUGUUGACCCUGAAUUUACACAUCCAGUCCUUCCGCUAAAUAUUCUUCCUCAGUACUUCAGAAAUGCCCUGUCGUUCUCAGCCACUGCUCUGCUCUCUCAGUCUCUGCCAAUAUUUGCCCCUCAGCCACCACACUCCGGUCUCCUAGUUCCUGUUAGAAUACAGACUCACGUGCCGUCUUACGGUAGCAUUACGUACACCACUGUGUCACAGGUUGUAUAUGAUCCAUAUGAAAACUCUCUCACUUCUCACUUUGCACAUUUAUCCACAAAUUUAGAUGCAUCUAAAGCAUUAUUAGGACACCCCCGAGGACUGUUGACCAACCCAGCCCAGGUUCAAGUUCUAGAUAUGUCACCAGCUAAGCUCAAGACAGGCAUCCCUCUCUCCCUGACCUCCAGGACUAUCUCCACCACCAACUGUGGAUCCAGUGGUGGAUCCAACAAGCGCAUGCUAUCGCCAGCCAGCAGCUUGGACCUGUUAAUGGAGGUAAAACAGCAGAAACGCGUCAAAGAAGAGAAAAUGUACGGUGAGAUAGUGGAGGAGUUGGGUGCUGUAGAGUUAGGGAAUUGUAAUGUGACCGAAGAGAGCAAGUACAGUUUAAAGACAGAGUUUAAAAGUGACACCAACCAGGGAGCAUCACUGUCAGGCCUUCCUUCUAUAUCCUCUUUGUCUGUGCCAUCCUCACUUCAUUCUCAAGACGAGCCAGCAAGUGGAAGCUUCAGCUCACCUCAGCAACAAGGGUCAGAAUGUCCUCAUUCCCAUAUGGAUAGCUCCCCAACCGAAACAAGCCUACAUCCACCCUCUCUGCUUUCUCUAAAUGAUUUCAAAGAGUCUGGCAUGGACAGCAAGGCACAUAUGGACAUGCUGGUGCAGUUAGUCAAAGGUCAGGGCAUCCUCAUCUCUGACGGUGAAAACACCAAACUGAUAUCUCAGUUUCCAAGUCUUCGCACAACGACAGGUGUGAGUUGGUGCUAUCUGAACUACACCAAGCCAAACAGCACUCACUACACCUCUCCUAUGUCCUCUGUGUACACUAUGUGGUGCGUCAGUUCCCAUAACCCCAACCCUCCUAACCUCAACACCAGUGCAACCCUGGCUCUGCUCUGCUCCAAACAGAAGACUAACACAUGGGUGUACACCAUGGCUGCCAUGUACCAACCUGGGACUGGGAAACUGGUCUCCUCCAAGCAGAGGUUUGAGCUGGUGAGAACCUUUAUUGUUAAUUAAUUAUUUUGUCCAAAUCACCCUUGCAUUUCUAUAUUGAAUGUACACUACCGGUCAAAAGUUUUAGAACACCUACUCAUUCAAGGGUUUUUCUUUAUUUUUACUAUUUUCUACAUUGUAGAAUAAUAAUGAAGACAUCAAAACUAUGAAAUAACACAUAUGGAAUCAUGUAGUAACCAAAAAAGUGUUAAACAAAUCCUAAUAUAUUUGAUAUUUGAUAUUCUUCAAAUAGCCACCCUUUGCCUUGAUGACAGCUUUGCACACUCUUGGCAUUCUCUCAACCAGCUUCAUGAGGUAGUCACCUGGAAUGCAUUUAAAUUAACAGGUGUGCCUUCUUAAAAGUUAAUUUGUGGAAUUUCUUAACUUCUUAUUGCGUUUGAGCCAAUCAGUUGUGUUGUGACAAGGUAGGGGGGGUAUACAGAAGAUAGCCCUGUUUGGUAAAAGACCAAGUCCAUAUUAUGGCAAGAACAUCUCAAAUAAUCAGAGAAACGACAGUCCAUCAGGAGGUGUUAUGGUGUGGGGGUGCUUUGCUGGUGACACUGUCUGUGAUUUAUUUAGAAUUCAAGGCACACUUAACCAGCAUGGCUACCACAGCAUUCUGCAGCGAUACGCCAUCCCAUCUGGUUUGGGCUUAGUGGGACUAUCAUUUGUUUUUCAACAGGACAAUGACCCAACACACCUCCAGGCUGUGUAAGGGCUAUUUGACCAAGAAGGAGAGUGAUGGAGUGCUGCAUCAGAUGACCUGGCCUCCACAAUCCCCCGACCGCAAUCCAAUUGAGAUAGUUUGGAAUGAGUCGGACCGCAGAGUGAAGGAAAAGAUGCCAACAAGUGCUCAGAAUAUGUGGGAACUCUUUCAAGACUGUUGGAAAAGUAUUCCAGGUGAAGCUCGUUGAGAGAAUGCCAAGAGUGUGCAAAGCUGUCAUCAAGGCAAAGGGUGGCUAUUUGAAGAAUCUGAAAUAUAAAAUAUAUUUUGAUUUGUUUAACACAUUUUUGGUUACUACAUGAUUCCAUAUGUGUUAUUUCAUAGUUUUGAUGUAUUCACUAUUAUUCUACAAUGUAGAAAAUAGUAAAAAUAAAGAAAAACCCUUGAAUGAGUAGGUGUUCUUAAAGCUUUGACAGGUAGUGUAUGUUUACAAUCCUUGACUCAAGUUACAUCAUAAACAUAUCAUCUAAUAUUGUAACAAUAUUACAUUGUUAAUAUCCUGUAUUACUGAACUGCAUUACCUAAACAUAUCUAAACUGCAUGUUAACAGAAUGUUUAUUCUUGGCCUCCGAGUGUCGCAGCGGUCUAAGGCACUGCAUCACAGUGUUGCGGCGUCACUAGAGAUCCUGGUUCGAAUCCAGGCUCUGUCGUAGCCGGCCGCGACCGGGAGACCCAUGGGGCGGCGCACAAUUGGCCCAGCGUCGUCCAGGGUAGGGGAGGGAAUGGCCGGCAGGGAUGUAGCUCAGUUGGUAGAGCAUGGCGUUUGCAACGCCAGGGUUGUGGGUUCGAUUCCCACGGGGGGCCAGUAUGAAAAAGAAAAAAGAAAUGUAUGCACUCACUAACUGUAAGUCGCUCUGGAUAAGAGCGUCUGCUAAAUGACUAAAAUGUAAAUGUACUACAGCCUGGGGUUCGAUCCCAGGCUGUAUCAUUACCGGCCGUGACUGGGAGUCCCAUAGUGCGGCGCACAAUUGGCCCAGCGUCGUCUGGGUUAGGGGAGGGUUUUGCUGGGGGGGCUUUACUUGGCUCAUCACGCUCUAGUGACUCCUUGUGGCAGGCCGGGCGCCUGAAGGCUCUUAUGUUGAACGGUGUUUCCUCCAACACAUUGGUGCGGCUGGCUUCCGGGUUAAGCGAGCGGAUGUUAAGAAGCGCGGUUUGGUGGGUCAUGUUUCGGAGGACGCAUGACUCGACUUUCGCCUCUCCCGAGCCCAUUGGGGAGUUGCAGCGAGGAGACAAGAUCGUACUCACGAAAUUGGGGAGAAAAAGGGGGUACAAAUUACCAAAAAAAAAUCAUGUUUAUUAAUCUAUCUAAUUUAGCUACAGAGCAAACCGGAGCUCAAAGAGCUGGAUGUGAUCUCCUAUGGAAGGAAAGUGAAGGAUGCCAGCUGCAGGGUAAAAGCAGCGAAGGAGGACUGGAAAGACAUGGAGGUCUCCUCGAAACAAACAGCAGUGCUAACACCAACCCAGAUCAAAAUCUUUGAAGGAGGGUCAGUUAUGAUACUAUCACAUUAAGCAAUAGAAUAUUACUUAUAAUGUUAGUUCGUAAUGUGUACAUGUUUUAUAUAGGGGUAACGCCUGGUGGUACAAAUUAUUUAUCCCGGUAGUCCUAUUGUGGUCAGAAGACCUCUUUCCCAAGGGAGACCUGGAAUUAGAUUAAAUAUACAGGACCAGUCAAAAGUUUGGACAUACAGUGAGGGAAAAAAGUAUUUGAUCCCCUGCUGAUUUUGUACGUUUGCCCACUGACAAAGACAUGAUCAGUCUAUAAUUUUAAUGGUAGGUUUAUUUGAACAGAGAGAGACAGAAUAACAACAAAAAAAUCCAGAAAAACGCAUUGGAAUUUUUUAAAUAAAUUGAUUUGCAUUUUAAUGAGGGAAAUAAGUAUUUGACCCCUCUGCAAAACAUUACUUAGUACUUGGUGGCAAAACCCUUGUUGGCAAUCACAGAGGUCAGACGUUUCAUGUAGUUGGCCACCAGAUUUGCACACAUCUAAGGAGGGAUUUUGUCCCACUCCUCUUUGCAGAUCUUCUCCAAGUCAUUAAGGUUUCGAGGCUGACGUUUGGCAACUCGAAUCUUCAGCUCCCUCCACAGAUUUUCUAUGGGAUUAAGGUCUGGAGACUGGCUAGGCCACUCCAGGACCUUAAUGUGCUUCUUCUUGAGCCACUCCUUUGUUGCCUUGGCCGUGUGUUUUGGGUCAUUGUCAUGCUGGAAUACCCAUCCACGACCCAUUUUCAAUGCCCUGACUGAGGGAAGGAGGUUCUCACCCAAGAUUUGACGGUACAUGGCCCCGUCCAUCGUCCCUUUGAUGCGGUGAAGUUGUCCUGUCCCCCAGAAAAACACCCCCAAAGCAUAAUGUUUCCACCUCCAUGUUUGACGUGAGGAUGGUGUUCUUGGGGUCAUAGGCAGCAUUCCUCCUCCUCCAAACACGGCGAGUUGAGUUGAUGCCAAAGACCUCGAUUUUGGUCUCAUCUGACCACAACACUUUCACCCAGUUCUCUUCUGAAUCAUUCAGAUGUUCAUUGGCAAACUUCAGACGGGCCUGUAUAUGUGCUUUCUUGAGCAGGGGGACCUUGCGGGCGCUGCAGGAUUUCAGUCCUUCACGGCGUAGUGUGUUACCAAUUGUUUUCUUGGUGACUAUGGUCCCAGCUGCCUUGAGAUCAUUGACAAGAUCCUCCCGUGUAGUUCUGGGCUGAUUCCUCACCGUUCUCAUGAUCAUUGCAACUCCACGAGGUGAGAUCUUGCAUGGAGCCCCAGGACGAGGGAGAUUGACAGUCCUUUUGUGUUUCUUCCAUUUGCGAAUAAUCGCACCAACUGUUGUCACCUUCUCACCAAGCUGCUUGGCGAUGGUCUUGUAGCCCAUUCCAGCCUUGUGUAGGUCUACAAUCUUGUCCCUGACAUCCUUUGAGAGCUCUUUGGUUUUGGCCAUGGUGGAGAGUUUGGAAUCUGAUUGAUUGAUUGCUUCUGUGGACAGGUGUCUUUUAUACAGGUACUCCCUUUAAGAGUGUGCUCCUAAUCUCAGCUCGUUACCUCUAUAAAAGACACCUGGGAGCCAGAAAUCUUUCUGAUUGAGAGGGGGUCAAAUACCUAUUUCCCUCAUUAAAAUGCAAAUCAAUUUAUAACAUUUUUGACAUGCGUUUUUCUGGAUUUUUUUGUUGUUAUUCUGUCUCUCACUGUUCAAAUAAACCUACCAUUAAAAUUAUAUACUGAUAAUUUCUUUGUCAGUGGGCAAACGAACAAAAUCAGCAGAGGAUCAAAUACUUUUUUCCCUCACUGUACCUACUCAUUCAAUGGUUUUUCUUUAUUUUUACAAUUUUCUACAUUGUAGAAUAAUAGUGAAGACAUCAAAACUAUGAAAUAACACAUAUGGAAUCAUGUAGUAACCAAAAAAGUGUUAAACAAAUCAAAAUAUAUUUUAUAUUUGAGUUUUUUCAAAGUAGCCACCCUUUGCCUUGAUGACAGCUUUGCACACUCUUGGCAUUCUCUCAACCAGCUUCAUGAGGAAUGAUUUUCCAACAGUCUUGAAGGAGUUCCCAGAUAUGCUGAGCACUUGUUGGCUGCUUUUCCUUCACUCUGCGGUCCAUCUCAUCCCAAACCAUCUCAAUUGGGUUGAGGUCGGGUGAUUGUGGAGACCAGGUCAUCUGAUGCAGCACUCCAUCACUCUCCUUCUUGGUCAAAUAGCAUUUGUGCCUUGUUAAAAGUUAAUUUGUGGAAUUUCACUCCUUCUUAUUGCGUUUGAGCCUGUCAGUUGUGUUGUGAUAACGUAGGGGUGGUAUACAGAAGUUAGCCCUAUUUGAUAAAAUACCAAGUCCAUAUUAUGGCAAAAACAGGUCAAAUUAGCAAAGAGAAACAACAGUCCAUCAUUACUUUAAGACAUGAAGGUCAGUCAAUCCGGAAAAUUUCAAGAACUUUGAAAGUUUUUUCAAGUGCAGUCGCAAAACCCAUGAAGUGCUAUGAUGAAACUGGCUCUCAUGAGGACCGCCACUGGAAUGGAAGUCCCAGAGUUACCUCUGCUGCAGAGGAUUUGUUCAUUAGAGUUACCAGCCUCAGAUUGCAGCCCAAAUAAAUUAUUCACAGAGUUCAAGUGACAGACACAUCUCAACAUCAACUGUUCAGAGGAGACUGUGUGAAUCAGGCCUUCAUGGUCGAAUUGCUGCAAAGAAACCACUACUAAAAGACACCAAUAAGAGGAAGAGACUUGCUUGGGCCAAGAAACACGAGCAAUGGACAUUAGACCGGUGGAAAUCUGUCCUUUGGUCUGAUGAGUCCAAAUGUGAGAAUUUUGGUUCCAACCGCCGUGUCAUUGUGAGACGCAGAGUAGGUGAACGGAUUAUCUCCGCAUGUGUGGUUCCCACCAUGAAGCAUGGAGGACGAGGUGUGAUGGUGUGAUUUAUUUAGAAUUCAAGGCACACUUAACCAGCAUGGCUACCACAGCAUUCUGCAGCGAUAUGCCAUCCCAUCUGGUUUGCGCUUAGUGGGACUAUCAUUUGUUUUUCAACAGGACAAUGACCCAAAACACACAUCCAGGCUGUGUAAGGGCUAUUUGACCAAGAAGGAGAGUGAUGGAGUGCUGCAUCAGAUGACCUGGUCUCCACAAUCACCCGACCUCAACCCAAUUGAGAUGGUUUGGGAUGAGUUGGAUCGCAGAGUGAAGGAAAAGCAGCCAACAAGUGCUCAGCAUAUGUGGGAACUCCUUCAAGAUUUGGAAAAUCAUUCCUCAUGAAGCUGGUUGAGAGAAUGCCAAGAGUGUGCAAAGCUGUCAUCAAGGCAAAGGGUGGCUACUUUGAAGAAUCUCAAAUAUUUUUUGGGUUACUACAUGAUUCCAUAUGUGUUAUUUCAUAGUUUUGAUGUCUUCACUAUUAUUCUACAAUGUAGAAAAUAGUAAAAAUAAAGAAAAACCCUUGAAUGAGUAGGUGUGUCCAAACCUUUGACUGGUACUGUAUUUUUUCACUUACCUUGCAUGUCUAAAGCUACUUAUAGAACAUCACAUUAAGGAUUGUUUUCCUCCCUCAGGUUCAAGUCUAAUGAGGACUAUGUGUACGUGAGGGGCAGAGGCCGAGGAAAGUAUAUUUGUGAGGAGUGUGGCAUCCGCUGUAAGAAACCUAGUAUGCUAAAGAAACAUAUACGCACCCACACUGACGUCAGACCCUACGUUUGCAGGGUCUGCAACUUCGCUUUCAAAACAAAAGGUGGGUAUCCCUUAUUUUUAUUCCAUUGAAAUGAAUGAAACAAGAGGUAUAACUGCUGAUUUAAAAAGGGAUUUAUACAUUUGAUUGAUUGAUGACAACAGGAACAUUUAUUUCCAAAAAGGUACAAUUGAAUGGUAAUGAAUAUAAUAAGCUCAACAAGAUGAAUCUUUAAAUGUUUGUUGUCCUACAGGAAACCUGACCAAGCAUAUGAAGUCAAAGGCUCACAUGAAGAAGUGUCUUGAGCUUGGGGUGUCAGUCAUAGUGGAUGAUACAGAGACACAUGAAUCUGGUAAAAUAUUGACCAAUGACCAGGAUACUAUACUUUACUCCCUAAUAUGAAUUAUUCAGAUAUUUAACACUGAUUGUGUCAUCCAUGGUAACUGUUUGAAAUAGCAAUUGAUGUUCCACAGAAUUAAUGACAGAAAGGAAUUUGAUAUAUCCUUUGUCUUUCUUUUUUCUGUUCUUUCAAACAAUACAGAUGACGUCCAACAACACUCGAAGACCGGGGUCUUGAGCUCAGCCAAACACCAGUUCUCAGACGCAGACGACUCCGAUGGCAUGGAUGAAGAGAUAGAUGACAUCGACGAAGAUGACGAUGAUGACUACGACGGUGGCUCCACUCCAAAGAUCCGCUCCCGGAGCACCAGCCCUCAGCCCUGUGGCAUAGCCUCUCUGUCGGUCACCCAGAGUGUGUCGUCAGCUCUCCAUGGCUGUACCCUCAGUACCUUCCGUUCUCUCCCCAGCUGCCUCACCAACUCCAUCGUGCCUGGCAUCGAUGUCCAUCCCCAUCCCUCCAUCUCAGGCAGGAGGACAGGGCCAGACCGGAGGACUGUCUUGGCCUCCAGCCUGGACAAGGAGCAGAGUGAGAGAGAGAGGCUUGUGGAUGAGGACUGUAGCCUGGUCAUGCUGUCUCCUGACCAGGGUUGUCUGUUCUUCGACCACACCUGUCUGCUGUCCCCUGGCUGGGAGUCCCCUCUGAGGGAACCGUCCCCCUCCCGGCUCUGCUACCCAUCACCCCGUAGAGACCUCUCCCCCCGGGGUCGCUCCUCACCUCGAUGGGACACCUCCCAGCUGAGGCCCAGCUCCCCCAACCUCACCCCCAUCCAGCACCUCUCCCCGGUCUGCAUGGAGAGGCCCCUGUCCACAGGCGGAGUGGACCUGGCUGGGAGGAGGGAGCCAUCGGCCCGGGGCAGACAGAGGGUGGUGCUGAGGGCUGUGUCUCCACGUAGAGGGGGCUCACAACAGAGAGGGUCUGGCGAUAAAACCAGGCAGCAAGCCAAGGCUGAACUGGUCCACAAGGGAGGAGCCAUUGAAAUGGAUUUGGUAUGUAAUUGACUAGAUUGACUAGUAUGCUUGUCCAUGCAAAACUAGUUGCACUGACUUCAUUUCAACCAUCUUUGUCAGCUGGGUUGUUAGUAUUCUUGAUAUAAAACCUUUAUUAAUGUUUUUUCCACCAUUGGAGUCCCUGCAUUAAAACUGUAGAAAACUGUCUUCUGGUAGUCACUAUAACUUGUUGUUUUUAGGAUCAGAGGAGAAGCAUGCCCCCCAGCCUGCCUGGUCCCUCCAGCUCCAGUUGUACCCAUCAGAACCUCCUCAGCCACCUUCCCCUACACUCCCAGCAGCAGGCUCGAACUCUUCUCCCCAUGGUCCCUAUCGGGGGGAUCCAGGUACUGCGCACUUUGCCCUCCUGCAGCUCUGACCGGACCCAUCUGUCAGCCCUGUCCCCUCAGAAGACUGAGCAACACCAGGACAGCACUAAGGAGGGAUCUGUGUGCGUAGCGGGCCCAGGUGCAGAGGACUCAGUAGCCCAGCAGCAGGAGAAGGAACGGGAAAGGGAGAGGCCGUCCCCCUACCAGACACCCUGGGACUCUGAGGAGGAGAAAGACCCUGUCUCUGUCCUCACGGUUAGGGACCCUAAGCAGGAAGAGGGUCUUCAGACCUGCACCAAGGCCAUCGCCUCCCUCAGGAUCACUUCUGAGGAGCAUCUAUAGACUGGGGUUGCAUACCAAAUGGCACACAAUUCCCUAUAUAGUGCACUACUUUUGACUAGGGGCCCAUAGUUGCUCUGGUCAAAAGUAAUGUGCUCUAUAGGGAAUAGUGUACCAUUUGGGACAUACACUACAUUACCAAAAGUAUGUGGACACCUGCUUGUCGAACAUCUAAUUCCGCAAUCAUGGCAUUAAUAUGGAGUUGUUCCCCCCUUUGCUGCUAUAACAGCCUCCACUCUUCUGGGAAGAUUUUCCACUAGAUGUUGGAACAUUGCUGUGGGGACUUGCUUCCAUUCAGCCACAAGCAUUAGUGAGGUGGGGCACUGAUGUUGGGCGAUUAGGCCUGGUUCGCAGUCGGCAUUCCAAUUCAUCCCAAAGAUGUUCGAUGGGGUUGAGGUCAGGGCUCUGUGCAGGCCAGUCAAGUUCUUCCACACCGAUCUCGACAAACCAUUUCUGUAUGGACCUCCCUUUGUGCACGGGGGCAUUGUCAUGCUGAAACAGGAAAGGGCCAUCCCCAAACUGUUUGCAACAAAGUUGGAAGCACAGAAUCAUCUAGAAUGUCAUUGUAUGCUGCAGCGUUAAGAUAUCCCCUUCACUGGAACUAAGGGGCCUAGCCCAAACCAUGAAAAACAGCCCCAGACUAUUAUUCCUCCUCCACAAAACUUUACAGUUGGCACUAUGCAUUGGGGCAGGUAGCGUUCUCCUGGCAUCUGCCAAACCCAAAUUGUCCUUCGGACUGACAGAUUGUAAAGCGUGAUUCAUCACUCCGGAGAACACGUUUCCACUGCUCCUGAGUCCAAUGGCGGUGAGAUUUACACCACUCUCCAGCUGACGCUUGGCAUUGCGCAUGGUGAUCUUAGGCUUGUGUGCAGCUGCUCGGCCAUGGAAACCCAUUUCAUGAAGCUCCCGACGAACAGUUCUUGUACUGACGUUGCUUCCAGAUGCAGUUUGGAACUCGGUAGUGAGUGUUGCAACCGAGGACAGACGAUUUUUACGAGCUUCAGCACUCAGCGGUCCCGUUCUGUGAGCUUGUGUGGCCUACCACUUCGCGGCUGAGCCAUUGUUGCUCCUAGACGUUUCCACUUCACAAUAACAGCACUUACAGUUGACCGGGGCAACUCAAGCAGGGCAGAAAUUUGACAAACUUGACUUGAUGGAAAGGUGGCAUCCUAUGACGGUGCCACAUUGAAGUCACUGAGCUCUUCAGUAAGGCCAUUCUACUGCCCAUGUAUGUCUAUGGAGAUUGCAUGGCUGUGUGCUCGAUUUUAUACACCUGUUAACAACGGGUGUGGCUGAAAUAGCCGAAUCCACUAAUUUGAAGGGGUGUCCACAUACAUUUGUAUAUAUAGUGUACCUUGGAGCUUCCUCCAGGAGCAGCUGAGCCUCUCAUCCAUCAUCCACUCCCCAGCUUGCCUGGUCCUAGAUCUGUUUGUGCUGUCUUGCCAACUUCUAUGGUAGUUGGCAAGAGAGCACAAGCAGAUCUGGAACCAGAAUACAUCCACAGUCCCUCUCAACCUCAUUCCUCUAGACAGACAGACAGGCAGACAUACAAAAUGACUUCAUCCAGACCCUUUUGGUUGGAUGUUGGAGGCUCUCCUCUCAGUCGGUUCAGGUUUCUGCAUGUUAGUAGUGUAAAGGCCAUGCAUCUAACAAGCCCCUCCCCUCCCGUCUCCCUCCCACAGACUAUAUCUAUAUCUGA